AUGCAGGCAAGAGGAUGCAGCGAGCAGAGCAUGGGCGCAGGACCACUACUGCAACCAAAAAGUGGUGUAAAAACUGCUGUGUUGCCGGGACCGUUGCAGAUGUGGGGCAUCUUCGAGCUCUCGGUGGGCUCAUUGUCAGUACGGAAUUGGUUCCUCCCCGGCGCGGCUCGGGUCCGGUUUACGUUAACGAUCCUCUGUCGAGGCGCUUGGAAGCAAAAAUUCCGGAAAGAGGCUGAGCACCAAAAGGAGGAUAUUCUGGAGAUGUGGAGAUAUCAGAAAGCGAGUGCCACCUCCCCCUAUCGACUUUUAUCUUGCGGCUCAAGAUGGGAUCCCUACCUGCCUGUCCUGCCUGGUGAGCCUAGCUCCCUGGUUGUGUGCGGCGUCUAUCUCCCACGCAAGUGCGCGCCUACGAAGAGAUAG